CAAAUAUUAGUACAUCUCAUUUAUUACAAAGAAGUUCAAAUCAGAGAGGAAAGUGGAAAACAGAAUCUCUUGCAAAAAGCUCAACUGAGGAAAUGUACAACUCUAUGAUAUCUAAUUAUGAGAAUCGCUUUCAAAUGGCCUUUAAAGAAAUUGAAGAGUAUAGGCUAAGUUUGCAUUUCAUUGAGCAGCAAUUGGAAGCAGUUCUUUCUUCUGUUGGAGAUAAAUUAUAUCAAAAUGCUUUACCUUGCUUAACUGCUAUUUUGAAUGGAAAUAAUUUUAAGGAGGAGUUAGUACAGAAAUUCAGUGCCAUGUUUACACAAGUGCAGCAGAUAAUUGCAAGCAAAGUUAGUGAUAACAAGAAUUUAUCUGAGGAAGUGGAAACUUUAAAAUUUGAGAUACUGAACCUGAAAAGCAAUGAAAACACAAAUAUUUGCCAGAAGGAAAACCAUCCACCUGACGAAUCAUCUUUAUCAAAUGAUGGAAGAAUCUGUAAAAGUAAGGAAGACAAAACUGUGAGUGAACAAAAAGAAGAACUUGCUUCAACUCUUGCUCAAAUUAAAGAGGAGAAAUCAAAGCUUGAAGCUCAAAAGUUAGUCUUGAUUAAAAGUUUUAUGAAGCAAAGUUCAUCGAAUAGCCCAAAAUGCUCAAACUCAGUGCCUUCUUUUUGUGUUUUAACAACAAAAAAUGGAGUUACAUCUGUCCCAGCUAUACAUCAGCUAAAGGAAUGUCUAAGUUACCCAGAUAGUAUGGCAAAAUCAUUAUCCCCACUUUGGAAAGCAGAUCUUUCAACAUCAUUACAAAGUUCGCCUUCUACUUCAGUAUUUGAAGAUAGUCCCUCAUCAUCUUUUCCAGUAUUUACUUCUCCACCGAUACUAAAUGAUGAUCUUCCUAACUGGGCUCGGACUGUGAGGAAUACUUCAAUCUGUGAAGAGGAUUCAGUUAAUUUAGAAGGUUUUGCAGCUGAAGGGGAUGUUAUAAAAACAGACAAUAUAUCUGCUAUUCAGUCCUUUGAAGAGGAUAACUUGGCAAAACUGAAAGCUGCUGCUGAGGACAUUGAAAGUCGUAGAAUUAACUUUUUUGCAAAGGGAAAAUGAUCUCCAUGUUUUGUUUGGUUAUAUUUAAUUUAUCUUUGGUGUACUUACAUUUGUAAACUGAAUACAAUGAUCAUACAUUUUAACUAUUUACAAAAAUUUUGCUUUCUUGUAUUGUUGAUAUCAUUCAUCUCUACUUAGUAAUCUCAUAUACCAAAAUAUUUUUUCAUGUGCAUUUAUGUAAAUAGGUCUGAAAAAUUGAAUAUGUACAAGCUAAAUAGUUGAAAUGACUCCUUUGCCAGUAUCAGCAUUCACUAGUGCAAUAUGUAGGCCUAAAUUAGAUGUGUAAAUUAUAUUUUGAGGAUUUUUUAGUAUAACUAUUCAAAUGAUUUACGAAACUUCAAGUUCAUUUGCGUAAAUAAUAUUGUUUGAUAUAUUUUUAUACAUAUCCAAGUGCCUUUUUUAUGAAACACAUUUCUAGCAGUCUUUAAUAGUUUUUUUUUUUAUAUUUAAAAACAUGAAUAAUUCCGAUGAAAAACUUAAUUAAUUAUAGUAAAUGCAUUUAUGUAAAUUGGUCUGAAAAAUUGAAUACAUACAAGCUAAAUAGUUGAAACUGUUGCUUUGCUAGUAUUAGUAUUCAUUAGUGCAAUGUGUAGGCCUAAAUUAGAUGUAUUAUAUUUAGAGUACUUUUAAAUUUAACUAUGCAAAUGAUUUAUGAAAUUCUAAAUAUAUUUGCAUAUUUAAUAGCAUUUUAAAAUUUUUAUACAAAUGCUAAGUGCCUUUUUUAUGAAACAUUCUAGUAGUCUUUCAUAGUUUAUCUUUUUAUUUAAAAAACAGAAUUAAUUCUGGUCAAAGAUGUGCAUUUUAAUGUAUUAUGUCUGGUAUAAGUAGUAGAAAAGUUAUUGUAUCUCAAAAUAUUUUCUAGUUCAGCCUAAUGAUGACAAGUGCUUUGUGCAUUUAUUUUAUGAAUAUCUGUCAAUUUAUUGAAUUCAAUGAAAUAUAUUUCCCUUACGCAUUGUUAAAGUUAACUAUAUUUAUUACAGAGCAUCUAUUAUUUUUCUUCAAACUUAUAGGCUAAAAGUGCUUUCAGAUCUAUCACUAAAAUUGCUUCUCAUUAUUUUUGUGUUAGAAUAAUUUAUUAAAAAUUUAAAAAGUGAUAUGUUUGUAAAUAUUGAGUUGAAUUUCAAAUAAUAGUCCAUUGUGUCUAUAUUUUAUCUAUUAUCUUUAAAAAGAUUUCUAGAAGAAAAUCUUUAGACACAUUUAUUUGUCAGUUUUACUUCUGAAUUUUUCUAACUUUAGACACCAUACAUGAUGAGAACAUCAUUUUGUAUUUCUAUUGUUUUAGUUUUAUUUAAAUAUUGCAUAUUAAAUUCAUUAUCUACAUUUAAAAGUCCAAUUUUUCAAAAUAUGCCAUUUUACUUUUCUGGGUAAAGCUCCAAUUUUUACAAAAUAGACAGAAAUAGUUUAAAAUUUGUUUUAGAUUUGUAGUAAAAAAGUCAGUUAGUAAUAGAAACUUUUGUAAACAUUUACAAAACAAAAACUUUUAAUAUAUAUAUGUGAGUUUUUUUUAAAUAAAAUGUAAUCACUGGCUAUAUAUAAGUAUGAGUAAAUGAAGCACAUAUUACUGAUAAAGAUGCUAAUUUUUAUAUAAAUCAUAUACAAGCUCCUUUUCUUAUUUGACAGAUAGAUUUUGCAAAUUUUUGUAGUUUUAAUUAAGAAUGUAACUGCAAAAUCAAAAAGCUUAAUCGGAAUACCUAUUGUCGAAAAUCUUGAAUGAUAUUUUUUUGUAAUAGUAUAAAACUAUUGCUCAACAGCAUUUUAAAUUUAAUAUUUCAAGCUUCAAAUAUCAUUACUAAUGUUCUUAUAUUUAAUUAAUAAUAAGAGAUAUAUAUUCCACUUUUGUAAUUUUUUUAGUUGGUUUAAAAAUAUUUAAGCACUUGUUAAAUGUGCUUUAUUUUAUAACAAAUAAUUUAUUUUUGCACGCACCGUGAUCAGUUAAUUAGCUUUCUUUCUAAUUUUUGCUUAAAAUAUUUAUUUCAAAAUUUCUUUUUUAAUAAAAUAUAAAAUUUCUCACUGUAAUUCGUUUUAAAAUAUUUUAUGAAUCAGAAAUCCAAUUGAAAUUGAGGCAAACAUUAUGUUAAGUAUACUUUACUACUUUAAGUAUACUUUAAUUACUUUAAAUUAAUUGUAAAUUAAUCUUUACUCUACAGAAUUGCUUAUGUCUUAUUUAAGUAUAUUUUCUUAUCAUUAUUGCUUACCGUAGUUUUUUGAUGAUUUGAAUAUGGUUUUUGGUGUUUGGUUUGUAAUGUUUAUGCUUUUGACGGUAAAUGAUUUUUGAUGUUUGUUUUGUCAAAAAGUUAUUCUUAAAAAAUAUAUGUAUAUAAUCUGUCAAUUUGCUCGUUGCCUUUGAUAUUAUAUUCAGUUAUACUUAAUGAAUUUACUUCCCUCAUUUUUGAUUCUGAUUUAUCGAAUUUUGACAGUCAGUUUUAUUAUUUUCGUAUAAUAUUGAAUAGCUUCAAAAUUGCUGGGAUCUUCAAUUGUAAUCUCAUUAGAUAAGUAGACGUUGUUCAUCUUUAUUUAAUUCUGAAACUGUACUACAUUUUCUAAUUUUAUUAAAUUGAGUUUUGAUA